UGUUAUAUGUAUAGGUGACACAAAAAGUGUUCAUGAAUCCGGUACCCAUUUUCAUUUCAAUAUGGUCAAUUUAUUCAAUGUUGAAGCCAUAGAGAGCGCAAAGCCUGUUCUGCUAAUGAUAGUGGUCCAAUCUAUAUAUGCAUUGGUGAAUAUUAUGUUCAAGAUAGUAAUAAAUGAUGGAACAAGCUUAAGUAUUCUUAUUGCAUACCGAUUCAUCUUUUCUACUGCCUUCAUUGUUCCCUUUGCUAUCCUCUUUGAAAGGAAAAGUGUGCACAGCCUUACUGGCAGGGUUAUAUUCCAAGCUUUUCUUUGUGGGUUAUUUGGGGGAUCCUUGCAACAAAACCUAUAUGUUAAAUCUUUGGCCUUGGUAUCUACCACAUAUACUGUAGCCAUGUUAAAUCUCAUCCCUGCCAUUACCUACAUCAUGGUUGUUUCUCUUAGGAUGGAGAAGCCAAAUCUUGGAACUUCAGCUGGGAAUGCCAAGUUACUAGGAACUUUAGUUGGAAUUGGUGGUGCCAUGAUCCUCACAUUAUACAAAGGCAGGAGGUUAUUCAACUGGUCAAUGCACAGUGAUUUAUUGCAACAUGCAUCAUCACCACCACAGGGUGCUCCUGCUAAAUCUCACAUGUGGGGCAUCAUGCUAGCUCUGGCCACUUCUUUCAAUUUCUCAUUGUGGUUUAUAAUCCAGUCAAAGAUGACUCAGAAUUUCCCGUGGCACUAUUCAAUUGCGGCUUUAACUUCUAUAAUGAGCGCAAUCCAAUCGAUUGUAUACGCUCUUUGUACAGAGAGAUAUCGGAGCCAGUGGAAACUUGACUGGAACUUGAGGCUUUUAACAGUCGCUUCAGCGGGUAUAUUGGCCUCUGGUACAUGCUUUGUCCUGUUAGCAUGGUGUGUGCGCUUGAAGGGACCUCUAUUUGUGUCGGCUUUCAAUCCUCUAACGCUUUUGAUGGUGGCCUUAGCCGGAUCAGUCUUACUAAAUGAAUACAUCACCAUAGGAAGUCUAAUAGGAGCUGUGCUGAUUGUGUGCGGAUUGUACAUGUUAUUAUGGGGGAAAAGCAAAGAAACAAGGAAAGUGGAGAGUGAGAUUAUGUCUGCAAAAGGCCCUAUCAAAUGUGAUUCAAUACAUAUUUCGAAUGAGAAGAAGGCGGCAAGUGUUGGUCCUGUUAAAUCAUCAACUCUCAACAAUACUUCCGGCAAAGUAUAACAAUUGAACAUUUGAGGAUCA